AUGGUUCGAUAUGCCUACACGCCCCUCGAAAACGCAUCGCACACACUGACUGAGGCUUCCAAUAGUCUGCUCCAAGAGCCCCACGUACGCUUCGCUGCCCGAACUGUGACCUCGUUGUCGCUCGCCCCAGUCACCUCGCUCGUCAUGUACAGUCGCACCUACAUCCUUCCCAACGUGAGCACUACUCUUGCGACCAAUGCGGUCGUCAAUUUUCGCGGAAUGAUGUCCUUCUUCGGCAUCUUCGCACUGCCCACCAAGCAACCAUCUCUCGAAGGAGAUCUGCGCAAAAACGACGAAAACGAGCAGAGGGGGACUGGAGAGGGCAAGAUUGAAUCACCAGCUCCGUUGUCAACAGGGCUCCAAGAGCAGCAAGCAUGCCAGAACAACUCUUUCCAGAGUACGCCGGGCUAUCAUCACGAAACAGAAACCCAUCUAGGGGUCAUGAGUGAUGAUUCAAGUCUGAUCCCCAAUGCGGCCCAGAGACCAGCCGGUGACCGGGCUUUCAAUGGGAACACGCCUUUCUUCCAACCAACUCCAGAAAACAAUCCGAUAGAUAUGAUCUCUCCAGAUCUCGUGUCUUUCCCGAAUACCAGCCCUAAUGGUGGCGCCGAGUUCAACCACUCCAUGAUGGGGUUCGAUGGAUUUCUGCCUGGUGAUUUCAAUUUCAUGCCUUACGACCCAGCCCCAAGAAUUGUCGGUGGAGUGGACUGGCUCAACCUGGACCUUGACUCCCCGGGUAAUGGCGGUCUACAAGCUCAUUAUCAGAAUGGAGCUGUCAUGCAAUCAAUGUAUUUCCAACCACCAAUCCAACUCGAUCCACAAGAUGUAUUGCAGCACAGAAACCAUCAAGGCGUGUCUGCACAAUUAAUGCCAAUGCGAAAUCAAGAACCCAAGGGCAUCUCGACCAAGUCGUCCGAGUCGCGAGCUAGUACUCAUCAAUGGCCCUUUGACCAGACACGGAACGUUGAAUCUCAGCGGUACAGGCUUCCGCCUCUACGCGAUAUUUUGCAAGGCACUGUUGCCUCAAGUGAAACUAACAACGGAACUACUGUCAGAAGCCUGAUUCAGUUGCUAUCGUCGCCAUACUUACCAGAGAAAGACAUCUCUCACGACGCAAGCAUGAAGUCUGCUAUGGAGCUGCUGAGAAACUCUUUAGAUUUGUACUUCGCCGAGUUCCACAACAUUUUGCCUUUGGUACAUGUUGCUACCUUUCAAAUGACCAAGGUUCCCACUGUCACAUUGGCGGCCAUGGCUUGUAUUGGGGCAAUGUACUCAGACGAUCAGCAGGGGACGGAACAGUCGUGGUCUUUGAGUGAAAUGUGUGGUCAGAUGAUUGCAUGGCUGGGCGUGGGAGAUAGCACUCGCUUCUACAAUUCACCAUAUCUCAUAGCCUGCUGUCUUCACCAGAUAUAUUCUCUUGGCUCGGGGAAUAUGAGGCUAUACGCAAACGCCGAUUGUUCGAGGGGUAUAUUAAUGGGUUGUCUCCGUGGUAUGGGCUUGUUAAAGUCUCGUAUCAGCACCGAGGUUGAGUGGGAAGACUUCAAAACCCCUCUGCCAAACGAGAAUGCAGCAACCGAGUGGCUAAGAUGGAAAGACCAGGAGCAGGAGAAGCGCAUUGCUUGGUCUUCCUUCGAAUAUGACUGUACUUUAUGUACGCUGACCUCGCGACGAGGGGCGGCUGACUUACAGGAGCUUCCAUCCUUUUUGCCCUGCGCGGAGCCUUUGUGGGAUGCGAGGUCGCCUCAAGCGUGGGCAGCACUUUACUCUCGACUUACUCCGACCGCCCGGGGAGCAUCGACCGCCAAAGUUCUUCGCAACCUUCUGGCUGGAAAGGGUGUCCCUGAAGACCUGCCGGCAUGGGGUAAAAGGCUGUGCGCUCAGAGUAUCGGCCGACUUCUUUGGGACAUCAAACAGCUGGAUAUCAUGGCGACAACCGAGUAUCUGAAACUCCCUUCUCUAGCCGCGGCUCAGAGACAGACAAAAAGCACUCUUCUCCAAGGACUCAAUUCGCUCUGCGAGAGUAUGUAUGCUCUGUCUUCGACGGCCGAUCUCAUCCACUACAACCUGACCGCGCUUAUCUGUCAUUAUUCCCAUUUGUAUAGCGCCGACGAAGCUAUGGACCUCAUUGUCCAUAUUUUCCGCUCUUCUGCUUCACAGUCAAAACAACUCGAUCAAAGCCUUGUGUCGGCCAAGCGACGCCUACGCUCAAUACUCGUGAAAAACCCGACAAAGGCUCGUAACCUGGCCUGGCAUGCUGCUCAGAUCAUUGCCGUGGCAAACGAGUACCUGGUCUCCGCGCCUUGCGAGAUCAUGCGAACGUUUAUGGGCUACAUCUUCAUCCUCGCCUUUGCCAAAUUCGGGCCGCAACCCUGUUUGGAGCCUGGUUACGCCCCAUGUCCCGUCCGACUCGAUUUACCGAAUCGGAUUGACGGUCAGAGGACUGCAAUUGCAACCUGGAUCGAGAACGGAGGGCCCGCAAGUAUUGGUUCUGUCGAAAACGUCUACAGCAGUGGCAGUCUCGAAGCAAUAAGCCACGAAGCUCAAGCCAUGUUGCGGAAAAUGCGGUUCUGGAAGCUCUCCAACAAAUUCAGCCGGAUACUCGAGAGCUUUGACUUUGAUUGCGAUUAG